AAGCCGAUCAUUCUAGUUUACACACGUCACGGGGAAACUCCCAAUCUCUCCGCUAGAGUGACUUCAGUUCCUCUAAAAGUAGAAUCGAUCGAAUCCGCUCACCGUUCUUUUAAGUGAGCCCACUCUACGAGAUCUCGUCGUUUCGCAGUUUACUUCGUCUCAACCUAUCUAACUGAAAUGGGUAUCCCAGCUGGUGAUGUUGAGAAAGGAAAGAAGCUGUUUGUUCAGAGGUGUGCUCAGUGCCACACUGUUGAAGCUGGUGGCAAGCACAAGACUGGGCCCAACCUGAACGGUCUUUUUGGUCGCAAGACUGGCCAGGCUGCUGGAUAUGUUUACACAGAUGCUAACAAAUCCAAAGGAAUUACCUGGAAUCAUGAUACACUUUUUGAAUACUUGCUUGACCCAAAGAAAUACAUCCCAGGCACCAAGAUGGUGUUUGCUGGUUUGAAGAAACCCAAUGAGCGGGCUGACCUCAUUGCCUACCUAGAGGACGCCACCAAGUAAUCAUUCAAAGAAAUUCUUUCAUAGGCAACAAUUCAUAGUUCCAUAAAUCGACCUGCAUUCAGUGUAACAAUGUUUUAUAUGAUACAGUGAAUGAAUGUUAGUAAUACAGUGCUAAAAAAAUUUUCUUGAA